CACACUGGGCCGGCGUUUAUUGUUACAACAGUUACAAUCAGAUGUUGAACGCGAAAUUCCUCCAUCCAAAUUCAAGAGACGGGCAGAGAAGGGGAUUAUUAUAAAAGCAGGCAGAUGGAUCCACUGAAGAACCAGCAAAACUCUUCAUUCAGCACCUAUGUUACCUUGGAGAAACUGGUGGGAGAGCAUGUAAACAGAGGGAUAACAGGAAGUAGUGGCAGGCUUACUUUGCACAAUCGGUCCUGCCCACAAUUUAGAGCCCUGUAUGUGUGCACAAUCCACAUCUGGAGUCUUUGAAAGAUGACAUCCUCUACCACUUCAGCCUUGGAACUGAAACCCAUGAUCUCCCAGCAAUGUUCGGGGAUGUUAAGUUCGUGUGUGUUGGAGGCAGCCCCUGGAGGAUGAAAGCCUUCACGGAGUAUAUUGCUGCUGAGCUUGCAAUGGAAGAUCCCAAAUCAGAGUAUCCAAACAUCUGCGCGGGAACUGAUCGCUAUGCCAUGUACAAAGUGGGACCUGUCCUCUCUGUCAGCCAUGGAAUGGGAAUCCCGUCGAUUGCUAUAAUGCUGCAUGAGCUGAUAAAGCUUCUCUAUCACGCUCACUGCAAAGAUGUUACAAUUUUUCGAAUUGGAACAUCAGGAGGGAUUGGGCUCGAACCUGGCACGGUUGUUGUUACCAGACAGUCUGUGGAUGCCACCUUCGAGCCGAAGUUUGAGCAGGUGAUACUGGGAAAAACGGUGCUGCGCAACACGGAUCUGGACCAAAGCCUGGCUGAGGAGCUGUUGCAGUGCAGCAAAGAGCUGGGCCAGUUUGAGACGGUGAUUGGAAACACCAUGUGCACACUGGACUUCUAUGAAGGGCAGGCCCGUUUGGAUGGUGCCUUCUGCUCCUACUCUGAAAAGGACAAGCGAGACUACCUCAUCAAAGCCAAGGAGGCAGGAGUCUGCAACAUUGAAAUGGAAUCAUCAGUUUUCUCUGCAAUGUGCAAGCUAAGUGGUCUUCGAGCGGCUGUUGUUUGCGUAACCUUAUUGGAUCGCCUGAAGGGGGACCAGGUGAUCAGUUCCCAUGAAGUUCUCAACGAUUUUCAAAAACGCCCUCAAAUACUGGUAGGAUGCUUCAUAAAGAAACAGCUGAUGACCAAAGCACAACCAAGCUGAGUGCAAUAGGACAGUAAUAUGGUCCUAACCUCUCAACAGGUGAACAUGAAAGACUUCUGUAGGUUGUUUUAGUAUAUUUUGUCCAAUUUUAAAACGGAAUCUAGAAUUUUUGCAUCAAUGCUUAUUUAUUGAUUUUGUUUCGAGGACAAGCAUGCACUUUGUUCAUUGUUUUCUUUAAUUUUUAAAGCAAUAUAUAUGCGACAGAGGAGUUGUGUCUAUUGAAUGUCUGAAGAACGGCUUUCUUGUGUGUUUUAAUGACUAUAACCCGAUGCUUAAACUUGAACUUUUCAUUCUCUUAAACAAAAGCUGUACUUGCACUGGUGAAAUAAUCCACAUUUUAGCUCUGCUGGAAGAAUGUCUGUUGAAGAUUCAUUCUUUUUAUUGUUGGUAAUGUUGGUUAAUGUUUAAACCAAGAGUAUAUGGAGAACUUCAAAGUUAGGUCUAGUUUUGUUAAGAUGAUGUUGUUUCCAUCUCUUUGUUAAGUAUAAUUUUUUUUAUAUUUAAAAUUGUAAUGCUUAGUGGUGUUAAAACUUAUAGCA